GGCGACUGUGACGUGAGUGAGUGAGUCCGAAGUCACAGCAAAAACAUCAUGGUGAGCAUGGCCUUAGUAACGACAGAAAAUGAACCUCCUCUCAAUCGCACCAAUUCAACGGUUAAUAAUAAUAAUAAUGAAUUGCAGAUUGUCGUCCGUUCUCCUCCGAUCACUCUUCCCGAUGGUUGGUUGGUUGAGAAACGACUGCGACGCCAUUCCUCUGACCCCAACCGCGUUGACAGGUAUUACAUAGAGCCGCACACUGGACAGAAGUUCCGUUCUUUGAUAUCUGUUCAGAGAUAUCUAAGUGAUGAAUCAAGAAACUAUCUUCCUAAGAGAAUGAUAUCAGAAAACAACGAUACUAUUUUUAUCAAGUCUGGGAAUCGAAAAUUUCGUCGUCCUGCAAGUGAUUUUGAGGGAGGUUUAACUGAAGAAAAUGCCCGUAAAGCUACCCCCAAGUUACUUCUCAAAUGUGGCUCUAGAAAGCGUCCUAGUGUGAAAAGUUACGAAAACCCUGUCGAAGAAAGUUUUUCAGUUGCCGAAGAUCAAACGAUUCUAAAACCUUCUAUUCAACCUUUGCAUUCCAAAAAAACUAAUUCUCAGAAGAAAAUCAAAACGAGGGAAGACAACAGAACAAAUUCAUUCCAUAACUUAACCACACCACCAACAAAAGUAAGCUGGGUUUUGUCCGGUCCUGGCGGCUUCUGGAACCCUUUCCUAGAUGAUUCUAUUGUACCAACAUCUGAAAAGUCGAAAUGGUCAAAAGCAUUUUCAAUAUCCAUCAAUGAAGGAGUUACUAAUUGACACUGGACUUAAUAGCUAAGGAUUCACGAUGGAGAUGAGAUGACAUAUUGGUGACUAAGGGCUGUUACCAUGUAGCUUAGAUUGUAGCAUAUAUGCAGAGAUCAUUCUAUUUCGCUGGUUACAAUAAUGUAUUUUGUGUCACACUGGUUCUAGGAUUAGUAUUUUAUUUUUGGGUUGCACCUUCAAGAACCUUAAGACUAGCCAGUGCUCAUUUAGCUUUGUUGAAAAAACUUUUGUACAGAUAAAUUAAAUAAACUAUCCAGUGUUUUUUU